AAUAAUACCACCACCCCUGCUAUCACCGCCGCCAACACCCUCCAAAACAACAACGAUAACAACAAUAACAACACCACUGUAACUACUCUCACGAACAAAAAGAACAGCAUCAUCACCACCACCACCACCAACAUCAAAAACAGUGGCAACGACAGUUAUUUUACUCUUAACACCGACCCGGUAACUAUUUCUACACAUACCGUCUUAAAUGGAAACGAUAGGGUUCGAUCUCAUAUCGCUUCCUCGAACAACGGUACAAAAUGCAGCGAACAUCAUCAACAGCAAAACCAUCAUCAACAUCAUCAGUUGCAUCUACAACAGCAGCAACAACAACAACAACAACAACAACAGCAACAACCACACAUAUAUCAGCAACAACAGAUUCCUCGUUUUCACCAACAGCAACAACAACAACAACAACAACAACAACAACAACAACACAAACAACAACACCAGCCAGAACUUUUACGCUGCAAAAGACGAAUUGAUUUUUCAGAUCUUGGGUUUACAAUGCCGCGUGCACAACCAGCUGCAGUGGCCCGGCGCAACGAGCGUGAGAGAAACCGUGUCAAACUGGUCAAUCUGGGAUUCGAAACCCUCCGGGAACAUGUGCCAAGCGGCCGUAAGAACAAGAAGAUGAGUAAAGUGGAAACAUUACGUGCAGCUGUGCAGUAUAUCAAACGACUACAGGAACUAUUGCAACAUGGAAAGGACUUCAUGAACAUCAAAGAAUUGCAAGCAUGUGCAGCGGCUGCAGUGGCAGUUACAGCUUCGAACGUUGACACAACAGCCAAAACAGCUGCACGUUUAUCGCCCCGUCCAAAUUCAGACCGCAGCGCUUCACCUUCUUCCAGCCUCUAUUCGGAUUCAUGCAGCUCCACUUGCGACCCAUUCCCAGCUGACGAAGAUGAUUUUAUGGACUUUUCAAAUUUACUUUCAUAAGCUAAGAUGUUCGUUAAUCAUUGUAUUAAUUUGGCGACCAGUGGGUUUGUUUUGAUAUUUUCGUGUUAUUAUUUAGUUCCAUUUUUUUUUUGUUUGUGUUGCAGUUUGAUAGACAGGGAUGGGGAAAUCUCUCGUAUAACAAUAUAUAUGUCUGCGUAUACAAACACACGCACACACACACACACACACACACACACACACACACAUGUAGACAGAUAGAUAGAUGGGUAGAUAGAUAGAUAGAUAGAUAAAAAAAUAAAUAGAUAGAUAGAUAGAUAGAUAGAUAGAUAGAUAGAUAGAUAGAUAGAUAAAUAUGCAAACUUUUAAAAUUUGGAUUAAUGUGUUAGAAAGAUAACAUAAAUGUGUACUAAUGUGUAUAAAAUAAUUUUUAUUUUCAAUAAUUUUUUGACAUAUUUUUUAUAAAAUAAUUGUUUUUCAUAUUUUUAAACAUUAUUUAAAGUUAAUUUGGAAUAGUAUAGUU